AUGGGAGCCGAUGGUGGAACAAUACCAAAACGUUGUGAAUUGGUGAAAAGUAAGAAGAAGCGAGAGAAAAUCUCAAAAGAUAUUGUAAAUGCCUCGCUUUGGAGGAAUUGUCAACUUUCACAGGAAACACUCAAAAAGCCGAUUGUCGCAUGUCGUCUUGGAAGAUUGUAUAAUAAGGAAGCAGUUUUAAACGCAAUUCUUUCGAAAAAAAUUAGUAAACAUGAAAAUAUGAAACAUAUUCGAGGGCUGAAAGAUAUCAAAGAUUUGAAAUUAGCGGAGAAUAAAGAGUUCAAAGGAAAUGAAGUCGAUAAAGGCGAUGUUUAUAAAGAUCGUAAUAUUGCUCCAUUUUGUUGUCCAGUUACAAGUAUUCCAAUGAAUGGGAAUUAUUCUUUCUUGGUCAACUGGAACUGUGGAUGUGUAAUAUCAGAAAAAGCAAUCAAUGAAGUCAAGUCCGAUAUUUGUCAUGGCUGUGGUGGCCCAUUAUCUAAUGAUAAAUUAAUUAUGUUAAAUCCAUCAAACGAUUUGCUGGAAAUAUAUGAAGCUAAAUUAUUAAAAGAAAAGGAGUUGAAAAAAAACCGUAAAUUGUCUCGAGAAAGUGAUAAUUUGGAGGCUACAAGUAAAUUAAACAAUGAUAAAAAGGCAGUUAAAAGGAAAGCACCCUCAUCUUCAAUUCAGAACGAUGCAAAUGCUUCAGCCGCUUAUAAAUCGCUAUUCACUUCAUGCGAGGAAGCCAAACGAAAACCAGCUGCGCACUGGGUCACAUAUAAUCCACUUUUCUAUUGA